AUGGCUUCCUCCCAAGGCAUGGCCGCCUAUGCUGCGCCCUCUCUUUUUCAGCCUCAUCUCACCCGCCAGGCUAUCAGAGAUGCUCACAAGAAGAAGAUUCCUCCGUUGCUGGGAUACUAUGGCGGUAUUGGAUCCACCAAGAUCACGCGCUGGUUGGCACCCCUCGGCUUUGAUGUCGUUUGGGUCGAUUGGGAGCACAGCAGCAUGAACGUGGAGACGAUGACGACCAUCGUUCACGAGGCCAUCUUCAUGAGUCAGGGAAGGACGAUUCCCUUCGUCAGAGUGCCGGGGCACGACCAUGCGUCGAUUGGAUGGGCGCUGGAUGCCGGUGCCAGUAUCAUCGUCCCUCAAGUCGAAACUGUCGAGGAAGCCAAGCACGUGGUAUCAGCGGCCAAAUUCGGGUCCAAGGCGAAGGGCACCCGCUCGGCACCUCCUUUCCGGCUCAUGCGAGGUGUCACAGAUACGACGUUCGAGCCGGGCAGGGAUAUUUACGAGGCAAUGAACCACCAGGCCGCGAUAAUGAUUCAGAUCGAAUCGAGAGCUGGAAUCGACAACCUGGACGCCAUCCUCACCGAAGUGCCUGACAUUGAUAUCGUGUGGCUUGGAUCACUCGACUGCCGUGUAGAGAUGGGCUUGCCCAGCAACAUGGGCCAGGGAGGCGACGAGCCAGAAUGGCUUGCCUACAGGCAGAAGUUCUUCGACAUCAUAGACAAGCAUGACAUGCCCUAUGGCGGCUUUGCUUUCUCCACUCCUCCGUUUGGCACUCCCGAGAGCUUCAAGAAGGCUACAGAGCGCAUGUCAUUCACCAUCAUGGCAGCCGACACUGUGGCGCUGGCGAGCAUGGGCGAGUCGCUGAAGCACGGGCGAGAGCUUGUGGCACCGACGUCGGACAAGAAGGUCAAUGGACAGGCAGUCAACGGUGAGAAGUCGUGA